UUCACUUCUUUCUGACUGACCGGACCAGACAGGAGGUCACUUCUCCAUCCAGCCAGGAUGAUGCAGUUUAUUUCCCCCGGAGUCUCGCAUCUUGUUCUGGUUCUCCUGGUUCAGCUGACGGUACAUGCACAGAUUCCACCUCCGCCAGACAAUAAGGCCCCCAGAGGGAUGAUGUUCGAGGAGGUGAUGGCGAAGAGCAUGUGUCACCCUAUGGAGCAGCUGGUGGAUGUGGAGCAGGAGUUCCCUGGAGUCGUUGGCUACAUCUACAUGCCUGCUUGUGUGUCACUAUGGCGAUGCUCUGGUUGCUGUCGGGACGAAUACCUGGAGUGUCAUCCCACCCUCGAACGCAACAUCACUGUGCAGAUGAUAAGAAUUGCUCCGAUGAUAUCCAGCGACCACGUGGAGCUGACAUUUGUGGAGCAUCAGAAAUGUGACUGCAGAGCCCGUCAGAAACUUCUAAACUAUACAAGCAGCAGCCAGGAGUCCUUCAGGAGUAAACCUCGGCGGAGGAAACUCAAGAAGACAGAGACCGGCUGUGGCAAGUGCCAGUUUCCUCAGAACAACUGAUUCACACCUCUGUCAAAAGUUUCAUUGGGAGGACGGACUUUAACAUGGCGAUCUGAAGCACAUCUGUGAAUUGAAUCUUAACACCUGUCUUUACGUCAUGACUUUGUUUUCUACUUUUUGCUUAAUAACAGUAUAUCUACACUCA